GUCGACGCCCAUAGCGCUCUGGUGUCCGACGCUCUGGAGGGGGCCCGUGAACGCAGCCUAACUUUUCUCCGCACGGUGAAGUUUAAGUUUCUCUGCUGGUCGCAGUUUGUCGUGUGUGUCAUCUUUCUAUUAUUUAUUAUCACGACGGUCUUCUGUUUUAUGGAGGAUGUGAGCGAACCGUGAGUCAGGAGCAGGAUGAGGAAACUUCACGGGCCGCUGGUGACGUCACUGACGUGAUUUCCCUCAUUUCGAAGUUGUGAAAACUUCUUCUUCUUCUUCUUCUUCUUCUUCUUCUUCUUCUGUUGUUGUGACAUGUAGCAGCUGCAGACUCACCAUCAUCAUCAUCAUCUUCAUCAUCAUCACAUCGACACGCUCACACACACACACACACACACACUGUGGCCUUCUGUUAUAAACAUAUAUCAUAAUAGUACUCACAGUCCAACAUGCUGGAGAGGCGUCCUCGGUCCUUCCCCGGGACGAGCCGCUGGAGCUCGGCGGCGGCGGCGGUGCUCGUCCUGGGGAUGAUCGCGUCGUGGAGCCGCGCGGAGGAGGCGUCGUGUCACGGGGCCUACGACCUGUACUUCGUCCUGGACAAGUCUGGAAGCGUCUCGGCCGACUGGUUCGAGAUCUACUCGUUCGUGAAGAACCUCACCGACCGGUUCGUGAGCCCCAGGAUGAGAGUCUCCUUCAUCGUGUUCUCCGCCCAAGCAAAAGUCCUGCUGCCUCUGACCGGAGACAGGUCCGAGAUAGAGAAGGGUCUGGAGCGUCUGCGGGAGGUGAAGCCCGCAGGUGAGACGUACAUGCACGAGGGACUCAAAGAGGCCUCGGCACAGAUACAGAAGCAGUCGAUGAAGUCCUCCAGCAUCAUCCUCGCCCUGACGGACGGGAAGCUGGCCGUCUACGUGCACCAGCUCACGGUGAAGCAGGCGGACGAGGCGAGGAGGUUCGGCGCCCGCGUUUACUGCGUGGGAAUCAAGGACUUCGACGAGCAGCAGCUCGCCGAGAUCGCCGACACCAAGGACCAAGUGUUUCCUGUCAAAGAUGGCUUCCACGCGCUCAAGGGCAUCGUCAACUCCAUAUUAAAGCGAUCGUGCACAGAGAUCCUGAGUGUGGAGCCGUCCAGCGUCUGUGUGAACGAGUCCUUCGACAUCGUCCUGCGGGGAAACGGAUUCGCCCUCGGCCGCAGCAACGAAGGCGUCGUCUGCAGCUUCAUCGUCGACCAGCAAACCUUCAAUAACAAGCCGACCGCAGUGCGUAACGAUUAUCUGCUGUGUCCUGCGCCCAAGCUCUAUGAAGUCGGACAGACCAUGGACGUCCUCAUCAGCCUGAACAACGGCAAGUCCUUCAUCUCCAGCUCGCACACCAUCACCGCCUCCACCUGUUCGGACGGCCUGGUGGUGUUGAUCGUGGUGCUGGUGCUGCUGGUCCUCGUGGCUCUGGCCCUCAUGUGGUGGUUCUUCCCUCUCUGCUGCACCGUGGUCAUCAAAGACCCGCCGCCGCCGCCGCCGCCCUCCCGGCCUCCGCCACCUGAGCCCGAGCCGCUGCCCAAGAUGAAGUGGCCGACCGUGGACGCCUCCUACUACGGAGGACGAGGAGCCGGAGGCAUCAGGCGCAUGGAGGUGCGCUGGGGGGAGAAGGGCUCGACCGAGGAGGGGGCCCGGCUGGAGAAAGCCAAGAACGCCGUCGUGUCCGUGCCGGAGGACGCCGACGAGCCGAUGGUCAAGCGUCCCGUGCCGAGGGCGGCGCCCGCCCCCCACGGGACGGAGAACAAGUGGUACACUCCCAUCAAGGGUCGUCUGGAUGCUUUGUGGGCGUUGCUGGGGCGACAGUACGACCGGGUCUCCCUCAUGCGUCCCACGUCUGCAGACAAGGGCCGGUGUAUGAACUUCAACCGGGUGCAGCAUCAGUAGAGACGAGCGACGACCAACACGUGAUGUUUUCUGUCGACGAGAAGAAUGUCAGGUGUUUUUUUUUUUAUUUAAUUUAAAAAAAAAAAUUUUAUAUGCUGCAUCUCAAACCGCCGCGUGUUCACUCUGCUUCACCUCCCGCACAAAGUUUCUCCUCUGUGUUGACAAUGUUAAAAUACAUAUAUAUAUAUAUAUAUAUAUAAUCGUAUCCAUUAAGUUAUUUACUUCCUUUGCUUUUAUACCACAUAUUAUUAUUUUAUGUCAAGUAAGUUGAAGCGCAGGCCGCUCCGCUCCCGGAGCUCAGCGCUUCAGACUCGCUCGUCUUCUCGUGCGCACCAAAGGCUUCAACAUGCUCCGACCAUAUUGUGCCUUCUGUGGAAAAAACAAAUUUCACGGACACAGACGGAGGCGAUCUGAGGAGGGAGAGAGAGAGAGAGAGAGAGAGAGAGAGAGAAAAAAGAAAAACAAGGAGGAAAAAGGGGCCCGUUUGCCUUUGGCGUGGAGGCGGGGGAUGAUCCCGGCGGGGGCCUCGCUCGGUGCACGAGUCCACCGCCUCUUGGCGACGGCUCAUCGCGCCGCCUCUCCAACUUUCAGCCGGGGCCCGGCGCCCGGCGGCCGCCGGCGCCGCAGAGCGUUCACCGGCUCAUCUUGUCAUUUUAACACUGAGAAGUGCACACGCAUGACAAAUUGUGGACAGGACGCCCCCGAGGUCCUGGAAGGCAUCGCGACUUUGCCCUGUAGUUAAGUUCUUUCCCUCCGAAGACACCUUCCUUUUCAUUAUGCGCUCUCACAGGACAAGGAGAAUUAAUAGAGCGUUAUUCGACCGCGGGACAGAGCUCCUCCACCAGGACCAUCUCCAGCCACGUUUGAGGGAUUGAUGCCUUGAAGACCUUGACAUGGCGCUUGGUGUUUCCUCCUCUCUCCCCGGCGCAGUCUGCUCCCUGCUCAGCAAGGCGUACUGGGGCACGUCAGCGCCCCGUAAACGGGCCCCGUCAGCGACGACCUCUUUUGAAAAGAUGUAGACGCGGCACAGGGCCGCGCUUCCGCCCCGGUCCUCUCGGGGGGCUGCGGCACGACCCGCCGGUUCCCUCGGCGCCACAGUAUCAAAGUUUAAUUAAAAUAAUUAAAGGCAACAGCGAGCAGCAGCCUGUGAAGACUCGGCCUGUCUCUUUUUUUCAUGCCUUUUGACAUUGAAUGACCUAUUACCGCGAAAAGAAAAGAGGACACGCGCUGGCGCCGCCUGCGAAACGCAAACCCAAAGCAACGGAUGCGACGGACGGAUAAGUAUUGUUCAUUUCCAGAAAUUAUGUGCGCCCCCCCCCCCCCCCCCCCCCCCCCCCCUCCUCCCCACCUCCACCCCAAAAAGCAGGGGAUAUGUACUUAUAUAUAUAUUGUGGAUUUUUCAAGCGCGCUGUCAUGAAGCCAAUCCCAAAUGAUGAGAGCAGAAAAACCAGAGUGGGGGGGGGGGGGGGGGGGCAGCAGCUGAAGAAAAAGGCUCGAAUGAUCCAGUCACUUCGGAUUCCGUACUUCAGAUGCGAAAUGGAUAUUCGAGUCGAAACCUGACAAAGCGCGCCCGGCUUUGACGGAGAGCGGUAUAGACAAUGACCAGUGGCUGGGUCAGUGGGAUGUCUCCGUGCAGGCAGGGGAGCUUAUCAAAUGACACUAAAAAUAAGUUCAACAACCAUCAAGUUUGAGGGGGGGGGGCGAGGGGGAGCGGGGCGAGCGCCUCGCGUUUCGGCGUGGGCGUGUGUGCGAAGGGGCGGAGUCUAAUCAUUCCUUUGUUUCCUUCUUCGGACACAAAUAAGUCGGGAAUCAAAAUCCUCGGGGGAGUUCCGCUGGUUAUUUAUGUCCCGACUUGGACACUUUUAGCCUCUUGCGUAAUUCCGCGGCAACGCCGGCGUCUUUUUUCCGGACGCACGGACGACGAGGAGAUUUUUUUGGAAAGCGUUUGGAUCUUUUGUGGUGAUUUGACACAAGCGGCGGCGGCGGCGCAGGAACGUGAUGAACCCGAUUCAACAACACGUCACACGUCACCACACACACACACUGUUGUAGAUAAAACAUUCAUAUCUUUGUUUGUUUUUUCUGUAAAUUAAUUUCUUAAAUGAAAAUAACUUUUUUUUUGUGUUUGUGCACUUGUUUAAUAAAGUUCUUGUCUUUUUUGGGACAUUUUUUAUUUCAACUUCACUUCAGCCAAAUUGUUCGAAAGAUUAAAAACAUCAAAAAAGUCAGAAAAGAAAAACUUAUUGUCACAAUUGUUGAUAUUAAUUUUUUUUAAUUUUCAUAUUUUUGUGCACAUUUUCACAAAAUUGUUGCUUCUAUGAUAUUUGCAUGUAACACUUUCCGCCUCGCACGUUUCACUUAUCAGCUCAUUUAAUGUGCACGAAUUGUAAUUUAUCUAUUUUUUUAUUAUCUUCAUGAUUGUACAGGCUUUUUAUACACACACACACACACACACACACACACACACACGCACACACACACUGCACCUUUGAGUCCAGGUACAACUCACACACAAGCUGCACAUUCGUGUGUGUGAGUUGAAACCGAAACACUGUUUUUAUUAUUAUUCCUGUUUCUGUUUUUACACCUUUGUCUGUUGUGUCAAAUAUACGUUGGAUGAAAAGCGAA